AUGGUUCACAAGCUCUUCAAAGGAGUGAAUCGAUUCUGGUUUGAGACUAUCAAAUCAAUCCGAGAGCAAAAAUGGCAUGACGAUAUUGGGUUAAGUGGUCCAUUAGGUCGGAUAUGCCAUCAUAAAGGUCGAACUUCGGAAGGACAAAGCGGGAUGGCCGAUUCGUCUCAGCUAUCCAUUUGGCAAAUGGAAAGGAGAGAAGUUGGUGCAAUUGCUACGUCAACUCCUGGUUCGCCUUCUGGAUCUGCUUGUGCAUUGUUGCCAUCUCUUAGAUUUUUGUUUAUAGAACCAGGCUGGUUAAAUUUUGAGCCAUUUUCUUUUAUGGCUUCUGUUCUGCCAAUUCUGCUCAUAUUAUCUGUGUUUCACGUUGUACUGAAUGCAAAAGCUCAAACAAAGCAUACCAUCACUACUGGUUCUAAGUUGUUCCCCUAUGCCAACUACAAUUCUUCAUGGAGCUCACCUUCCGGUCUUUUUGCCUUUGGUUUCUACAGACAAGGCAGCGGCUUUGCUGUUGGAGUAUGGAUGGUCAAUCAAAAUGGAAGCACAAUUGUAUGGACUGCUAAUCGAGAUGAACCCCCUGUCUCCUCUAACGCAACGCUGGAGCUGACAAAAAGAGGUCUCUUUCUUGAAACUGAGCAAGGAAAAGAUAUAAAUAUUGGUGGUGAUAAUUCAAGCGCUGCAAGUUCUGCUGCUAUGCUUGAUUCUGGAAAUUUUGUACUCUUAAACAGCUCUGACCAUGUUAUUUGGCAGAGUUUCGACUAUACAACUGACACAGUGCUACAAGGACAGGUUCUUACAUACAGCAGCCAGUUGGUGGCUAGUAAAUCUGGAACAGACCACUCAAGUGGACGAUUUAAAAUCGCUAUGCAAAGAGAUGGAAACCUUGUUUCCUACCCUACUAACAUCUCCAGCAAGUCAGAAACUGCCUACUGGGCUUCCAACACUAUGUAUGAUUCCGGUGCAGAGCUUCAUCUUAACCAUACAGGCAAUCUGUUCCUUCAAGCUAGAUACACAAACAUAAGACACAUAUUGUCAAAUGGCUCUUCUCCUCCUAGCGAAGGUAAAAAUUUCUAUCGAGCAACAUUGGAUGAUGAUGGAAUUUUUAGAUUAUAUUCACACAACAUGAUCAGCAACACGAGCUCGAAAGUGGAAGUGAUCUGGUCGUCUUUGGAUAGUCAAUGCCAAGUAAAAGGUUUCUGUGGUCUGAACAGUUUCUGCCAAGUGGUUGGCAAGAAAUCUGACUGUAUUUGUUACCCCGGAUUUGAUUUUAUCGACCUCAGUACUAAAUUCCUUGGCUGCUAUCAGGAUUUAAGGGAAGAUAGCUGCAGAGACAAUACGGACCCAAAUCUCAGGUACAAUACUACUUCCUUACAGAAUAUGUGGUGGGAUGAUCACCCUUAUAUGGUAGUAUCACAAAAGCAGGAAGCUUGUAAAGAGUCUUGCCUGGGAGAUUGUAACUGUUGGGCGGUGUUAUAUGUCAAUGCCACUUGUCGUAAAUAUAACUUUCCAUUAAGAUAUGGUAAAAAAAACAUUACUAUAUCAGCAAUAGCCCUCUUUAAGAUGGUUUUGAAAAAUGGUGGUACUCCGAAGGCAACGAACCAUAGAGGCCCUCCAGUUCCUAUAGAUAGACCAAUCUUGAUUGAUAACAAGAAUAACAUAGUUUUAGCUCUGGCAUUAAGUUUAGGUACUGUAGCAUGCUUGUUCUUUGUCUUUGCAGUUUCGAGUUUCAUCAUAUACAAGCACCGAUAUCAUAGGUAUAGAAAACUGUUGGAAAAUGCUAAUUUGGGAUUAGCUGACGAUUUUACUUUGCAAUCAUUUUCUUACAAUGAGCUUGAGAGAGCAACAGAUGGCUUCAAGGAAGAGAUAGGAAGGGGUUCUUUCGGAGCAGUUUAUAAGGGAAUUUUAUCCGAGGGUAAUAAAACUAUUGCUGUCAAAAGACUUGAGAAAGUUGUGGAAGAAGGGGUAAGAGAGUUUCGAGCUGAAAUGACUACCAUUGGAAGAGCUUAUCACAGAAACUUAGUUCAGUUGCUUGGUUAUUGUAUCGAGGGUUCCAAAAAGCUUCUUGUAUAUGAAUUUAUGAGCAAUGGCUCUCUUGCAGAUCUUCUCUUUAAAGCCUUAUCUCCUCCAACCUGGGGAGAAAGGGUGAGGUUUACAUUAGAUGUAGCAAGGGGGAUCUUCUAUCUGCAUGAAGAGUGUGGAGUGCAUAUCAUCCUCUGCAAUUUGAAACCCCAAAAUAUACUCCUAGAUGACACUUGGACUGCUAAGAUCUGUGACUUUGGUUUGGCAAGGCUAUUAGUGCCAAAUCAAGGAAAAACAUCUGUGGGAGUUGAAGCGACAUCAAUAGGAUAUUUCGCUCCUGAAUGGAAGAAGAAUGCCUUCAUAUCAGUAAAAGCUGACAUUUAUAGCUUUGGUGUUGCUGGAGAGCUGGGUAAGCUUGUGGAAGAUGAAGAAGUAGACUUCCUUACACUAGAAAGAAUGGUGAAAGUGGGGCUGUGGUGCAUCCAAGAUGAUCCAGCUUUUCGUCCUUCGAUGAAAAAUGUAAUCUUGAUGUUGGAAGGGACAAUGGAUAUACCUAUCCCUCCAUCUCAAGAACUUCUUCGUCUUCCUUGA